GUGCCCUAUGUGUUUGGCGUGCCUAUGGUGGGACCCACUGAUCUGUUCAACUGUAACUUCUCCAAGAACGACGUGAUGCUGAGCGCAGUAGUCAUGACUUACUGGACCAACUUUGCCAAGACUGGUGACCCAAACCAGCCUGUUCCUCAAGACACCAAGUUCAUCCACACAAAACCUAACCGCUUUGAAGAAGUAGCCUGGUCAAAGUACACCCCAAAAGAGCAGCUAUACCUCCACAUUGGUCUCAAGCCCCGUGUCAGAGACCACUAUCGUGCCACGAAAAUCUCCUUCUGGCUCCAGUUGGUCCCUCACUUGCAUCACGUCAAUGAGCUCCUCCAAUCGGUGUCCUCUUUCACACACAGUCCCUCCCCACAGGAUGACACCCCUUAUUCUUACACCAAACGCCUAUCCAAAGGCUGGCCUCCUAGUAGUACACGUCACCCAGGUUCACAAGGAGGUACCCCGCAGCCGCCCGAGUCUGCUUUGGGCCAAGGUGGAGGGGAAACUAGUGUGCAUGUCCCUAAUGAGGACUACUCGACUGAACUCUCUGUGACGAUUGCGGUGGGAGCGUCACUGUUGUUCCUCAACAUCCUUGCAUUCGCGGCUCUGCUCUACAAGAAAGACAAGAGGCGUCUGGAGCAUCGCAGGCCACGUCCUCUUCCUCCCCCGAGACGAGACAUCACACCUGCUGAUGUGGCGGCCCAUCUGCAGGGGGAGGGACUGAUGUCAUUACAGGUGAAGCAGCUGGAGUGUGACGCAGCAUCAGCAGACGAGAGGAGCAACACUCACCACCAUCACACUCUGGAUACGCUGGAUGCCCUGGACGGCAUGGACACCCAGGACAUCUACAGCACACUUGACACCGUACGUCUCACCUGCCCGCCUGAUUACACCCUCACCUUGCGCCGCUCGCCCGAUGAUGUCCCCCUCAUGACCUCUCUGACCCCAGGAUCACUGCCUGUGACCCCUGGGUCACACCCUGUUACUCCUGCGACGCCAAUGACCCCCAUGACCCCUGGAUCAGUUGUGGGGAUGAGGAUGGGUCAUCCUCACCAGGGAUACACACACCAUAGCCCGUAUAGUAAUACACAUUUGCCACACACACACAUCUCCACGCACACACACUCCACCACGCGUGUAUAA